AUGCGGCGGUAUGACCGACACGUCACCAGGCUGCAGACCGCCUCCUCCCCGCACAGGUACCUCGCACAGCCCGAGGCGCGGGCCAAGUCGGCCGUGCGCGUCCGCCUGGAGGACCGCUUCAACAGCAUCCCCGCUGAGCCGCCUUCCGCCCCGCGCGGCGCCGAGCCCCCCGAGCCCGGCGUGGCGCUCAACAAUUUGGUCACUCUUAUCCGACAUCCUUCCGAAUUAAUGAACGUCCCUCUUCAUCAGCAACAAAACAAAUGCACGACGUUAGUGAAAAAUAAAACUGCCACUGCGGCCACGGCCCUGCAGUUCACGUACCCCGUGUUCACGGCCAACGCCUGUUCGGCCAGCGCCAGCUCGAACCCGUCACAGGUGCAGAGCUCUAGUAACCCAUGUUCUAUACUCGAAGCUGCCAAGCAUCAGGAUUUUGGAUUGCCUAGAGCAUUUUCUUUCUGUUACCAGCAGGAAGUUGAAUCCACUAAACAGACUUUGGGCGGUAGAAACAAAGCUUUGCCUGAGCAGGUUUGGAUUAAAGUAGGAGAAGAAGCGCUAUGUAAGCAAGCAAUAAAUAAGAGGAAUCGGAGUAGAAUUCGUCAGCUGGACACAAACGUAGAGCGAAGAGCCCUUGGAGAGAUUCAGAACGUGGGUGAAGCUUCCACCGCCGCACAGGGCGCUUGGCCACCCGCGGAGUCCUCGCAGGCAAACCUCGGGGAGCAGAGCCAGAGCGGGCCGCAGGGAGGAAGGUCGCAGCGCAGGGAGAGGCAUAACCGCAUGGAAAGAGAUAGAAGGCGCAGAAUCCGCAUUUGUUGCGAUGAGUUGAAUCUUCUAGUCCCGUUCUGCAAUGCCGAGACCGAUAAGGCAACCACGCUCCAGUGGACCACAGCGUUCCUGAAGUACAUUCAGGAGAGACACGGAGAUUCUCUUAAGAAGGAAUUUGAGAGUGUGUUUUGCGGUAAGACUGGCAGAAGGCUCAGGUUGACCAGACCGGACUCCUUGGUGACGCGUCCCGCACAGGAGAGCCUACAGAGCAGCCCAGCCAUGGACGUCAAGUGACCGGCACCGACCGCGAGUUCCCGGCAGUGGCGGCUGCCGCCCGGGGCCCCCAAGCGUCUGUGCAACCCAGGAGCCCCGGCGGUUUGACUCUAGGGGGACGCAGGUCAAGUUGAUGGGCCUCCAGUGGGGACGUUAAAGCACGUUGUGUAAAGAUGUUUGUCUAGAACAAAAUACUUACUAGUCAUUCGUGUCCUCUUAGACCAUUUGGGGAUGAAGACGUUGCCAAUUGACAAGAAACUUCUCAAUUACCUGCCUGAUUCCAUCAUGUUUCUUAACAUGAUAACUUUGAAAAUUACCAUCUUUUGUAAUUUCCUUAGUCUUAAAAGGUAUAUUGCUUUUUACUUACUUUAUCUGCAUUUUAAAUGUGCCUGCUUAGCAACUGGAACAAGUUAAAUUUUUCUUAAUUAGAAGUAGUUUGGAAAUUUCACUCUUUUGGUUCUCCCUCCCCUUGUACCGACUCCAUUCACACGGGACCAUGUUGUGAGAUGUGGUCCAUUUCCAGCCUUCCCGCUGGACAUUUUCCAGACUCCCUUUGAAGCCAUUUUUGUCCGUAAAUGAAAUAUCGUCACAGUGGGUUACUUCACACCCUGAUUUCCAUAUUGAGAGUCCCUACUUUCUGUGUAAUAAACUCUAGUGUUUGGAACUGA